UCAAUUGAGUGGAACUCGUCACUACACAUCAACUUCAUGGACUAUGAGGUGUUUGGAAGUAUGGACAGGAGGACCUUAUAGAACCUUCCUUGACAUUAUGGUGUACCAUAGAAAAUCGUCAACAUCACCCGAAAUCCAUACACCACAAAGUCGUAAAUGGAGGACAGAUCACAGAUACACUCAAAGUGAGGACUGGAGUCAGACAAGGCUACUUACUCUCUCAGUUUCUCUUUCUUCUUAUGGUAACUGGAUUAUGAAGACCUCUACAUUUGAGGUGAAGUACGGAAUACUAUGGACAGUUUGGAUGCAACUAGACGAUUUGAAUUUCGCUGAUGACCUAGCCCUUCUAUCACAUACACACGAACAAAUGAAGGUAAAGACAGUCAGUGUACCAGAAGCCUCUGCAUAAAUGGAACUCAACUUACAAAGGUGUAAAACCAACAUCCUCAAAUACAACACGAGGAACACCAACCCAAUCACACUCGA